GUAAGAAAAACUUUUCACAUAGAAGUAGUCUGGUAAGUCAUAUGAGGUUACAUACAAAGGAAAAGCCAUAUAGCUGUGACAUUUGUAACAAGAAAUUUUCACAUAAAACUAGUAUAAGGAGUCAUAUGAGAUUACAUACAAAUGAGAAGCCAUACAGCUGCGAGAUUUGUAACAAGGGUUUUUCACAGAAAAACAAUCUAUUGAGUUAUAUGAGAGUACAUACAAAGGAGAAACCAUACAUUUGUAAGAUUUGCAACCAUGCCUUUGCACAUAAAACUAGUCUAGUGAUUCAUAUGAGAUUACAUACAAAGGAGAAGCCAUACAGCUGUGAGAUUUGCAAUAAGGCUUUCUCACAUAAAAUUAGCCUAGUGACACAUAGGAGAGUACAUACAAAGGAGGAGCCAUACAGUGAUUUGCAAUAAGGCCUUCUAUGAGAAAAGUCGUGUAGUAAGGCAUAUGAGAUUACAUACAAAAAAGAAACCAUAAAGCUGUGACAUUUACAACAAGGUCUUUGCUCAGAAAAGUCAACUAGUAAGGCACAUGAGAGUACAUACAAAGGAGAAACCAUAAAGCUGUGAGAUUUGCAAUCAUGCAUUUUCAUGGAAACAAAUUAUGGUGAAGCACAUGAGAGUACAUACAAAACAGAAGCAUUGUAUGAAAUGAAAUCUCUUAGUAUCAUUACCUGAUGCCACACAUGAGAGUACAUACAAAAGAGAAUCCAAACAGCUGUAAGGUUUAGAAUAACGUUUGAUGUGUAUAUAUAUAUUUGUACAUAAAGGUAAUGAGCCAUUUAUCAACAUGUAUCAUUUAAAAGGAAAUAAUUUCCUC